UUUAAUCUAUCAAACAAUAGCUCUAUUGAUAUAAAAGGCAAAAAAUCAAUUAGUAUUUGUACUACUGGUCAUGAAAGAUCUUCUUUUACCAUUAUGCUUGCUUGUACAGCUGAUGGUACUAAGCUUCCAGCUGUUUUAAAAAGUCGACCAGCAGAAAAAAAUACAAAUCUUGUUAUAAUUCCAGCAAGUUGUACUUCUAAAUUACAACCUUUGAAUGCCACAAUUAAUAAAAGUUUUAAAUCUAUGGAAUAUUACAAUACAUGGAUGUCUUCUACGAUUCAUACUUUUACACCAUUAGGUCAUAUUAAAAGACCUUCAUACUCAACUGUAGCAACUUGGGUUAGAGAUUCAUGGAAUAGGGUUGAUGUUGAUCUUAUUAAAAGAUCAUUUAAAUGUUGUGGAAUCUUGAUACAAACUGAUAGUUCUGAGGAUAAUAUGCUCUUUGAUUAUGAUAGUUUGUUAGAGCAAAAUAAGGAUAUGGAUGUUGAUAAAAAUGAAUAUAGUGAUGAAUAUUCUGAAAAUAAUAAAUAUAGAAAUGAAUGGAAUAUUACAAAUGAAAGUAAUAAUAACAAUACUGAUGAAGAAACCAACAAUAUUGAGAAUGCUGAUGAAAUAGAUUUCAAUUUCGAUUGA